AGCGUCUACGCCAUUGUACAUGGCAUCAGAAGUCCAUUUGAACCAGGAAAGAACACCAUUUCAUAUCAUCUGAUCAACAUAUAAUCCGAAUAUGCCUGCCGCCAAAACCCCACGCGAUAUUGAGACACGUCUCUUUAUCAACGGAGAGUUCGUCGAGUCAUCUGAUAAGCAGACGUUUGAGUUGAAGUCUCCAUCAACUCACCAAGUUGUAGCUGAAGUGCAUGAAGCAAGUGAAAGCGACACCAAUGCCGCCGUCGCCGCAGCCAAAGCCGCAUUUCCAGCAUGGUCUGAACUCUCCCCCAAAGACCGGGGCCAGUACUUCAAAAAGCUUGCCUCACUCAUCCUCGAGUCACACCAUGAGUUAGCAUAUCUUGAAGCCAUCUCUAUGGGAAGACCCGUCAAGGGAUACUUCGAUGCCUUUGCCGCUGCUGAUACGUUCAACUACUACGCCGAAGCUGGAGCGGUAGUGCUUGGAACGAGUAGUCUGAAUAUGCCUGGACACUUGAACUUUACUCUACGACAACCUUAUGGUGUCGCGGCGGCGAUUAUUCCAUGGAAUGUGCCGAUUCUAUUCCUUGCUCUUAAGUCGGCUCCUGCUCUGAUGGCGGGUAACACAGUGGUUUUGAAGAGCAGUGAGAAGGCCCCGUUGACUUCCGCCAAAGUCGCGCAGUUAGUCCAAAAGGCUGGCUUCCCACCAGGCGUCUUCAACAUUAUUUCAGGUCACGGCAAAACAUCAGGCGCCAUUCUUUCCAGCCACAUGGAUGUUCGAGUCCUCAGCUUCACUGGAUCAGGCCCAACAGGUCGACUCAUCCAAGCUGCUGCUGCUAAAUCCAAUUUGAAGAAUGUUAUCCUUGAGCUUGGUGGAAAGUCUCCAGCUAUCAUCUUUGAUGACGCCGAUCUUGAGAAAGCAGCUGCUGAGACGGCGUACUCUAUCCAAUGGAACAGUGGACAGGUCUGCAUGGCAAACUCGAGGAUCUACGUCCAUGAGAGCAUCGCAGAGCCUUUUAUCGAAUCGUUCAAGAAGAAGUUCCAGGUCAUCGCGGCUGGAGACCCGACUGAUCAGAAGGUCAAUCAUGGACCCCAAGCUGAUGAGAUCCAAUACAACAAUGUGCGAUCAUAUAUCGAAAUGGGCAAGACAUCCGGAAAACGUAUCCUCGGAAUGGACCAUGAGGCAACUCCAGAUGGUUAUCUCAUCCACCCAACAAUCUUCCUCGAUACUCAAGAAGAUGCUAGAAUUAUGAAAGAAGAAAUCUUCGGUCCAGUCGUCAACAUCAACACCUUCAAGACUGAGGCUGAAGCCCUCAGCAAAGCCAAUGAUACAGAGUUUGGGUUAUACGCGGCAGUGUAUAGCAAGAAUAUCGACAGGGCACUGCGAGUUGCCAAGAGAUUGGAGGCUGGCACUGUUGGUGUCAACUGCACCAGUCCCACGCAGGCGAAGGAUAUGCCAUUCGGUGGAUAUAAGACGAGUGGUGUUGGCAGGGAGGGGACUACAGUUAGCCUGAAUAACUUUUUGGAAACGAAGACAGUAUUGGUCAAGUUGGAAGAGUUUUAGUAUAAUGGAGAGUUUUUAGAUAGGUCAUUAACACGUUUCAUUCUUGAUCAUCAAGCCACCAGCCUCAUCUCCGUCAGGUACUCUCCACCACUAACACUCUUCCAGGCAAUUCAAUACAUAUUUAGGUAGCGAAAGUUGGAGUACGGUCUAGCAAAUCCCCUUGAAA